AUGAGAGAUGAAGGAGGCCGUUUUAUUUUUAAAGUUCCUCCAGAACUGAAAUCCUCUUCAUGUCUCAGGGGCGAUCAGGUAAAGAGAACGACAUUUCAAAUAUCUUACUGCAAAGGGAUGGAAUGUUUGCAAAUGCUAGAAUCUAGAAAGGCAGCUCUGAUGAGAGUGGUGAGAAAUGAAGAUAGGACAAAGGAGAUCCAGAGGAAGGCACUAUUUUUGCUCAUAUUCUUGUCUUUGUUCUGUUGGGUGAGGUCUGAGCAGGUUCAGUAUUCAGUUCUGGAGGAAACAGAAGAGGGAUCUUUUGUAGGAAAUCUUGCCAAAGAUUUGGGAUUGGAUGCAAGAGAGUUAUCAAAACGCAAGCUUGGUAUUUCUUCAGAAAAGCAGUAUUUCACUCUUAAUGAACAGAAUGGCAACCUGUAUGUGAAUGCCAGGAUAGACCGGGAAGAAAUUUGUGGGGAAUCGCUCUCUUGUGUCCUAAAAUUAGAAGCUGUUGUGCAUAAUCCUUUGAAUGUAAUUCACAUCCAAGUUUUUAUCAAAGACAUCAAUGAUAACGCUCCUCAUUUCCAAGAGGAUAAUAUCAGACUCAAAGUGAGUGAAUCAAACUUGCCUGGAACUCGGUUUUCCCUUGGAAACGCUGAAGAUGAAGACAUUGGGAUGAACUCCCUCCAGAAUUACCAGUUGAGUUCAACUCCUUAUUUCAAACUAGAUGUUAAAGAGAGUGAAGACGGUGAUAAAUAUGCAGACUUAAUAUUGCUGAAACAGCUGGACAGGGAAAAAGAACACACACUACACUUGGUCCUUACAGCUCUGGAUGGGGGAGAACCAGUGAAAACUGGGACCACUAACAUGCUGGUAACGGUAAUAGAUGCUAAUGAUAAUAUGCCGAUUUUUAGCCAGGCAGUGUAUAAGGUAAGCUUAAAGGAGAAUGCACCCAGAGGAACUUCUGUGCUGCAAGUAAAAGCAUCUGACAGUGAUGAAGGAUCGAAUGCUGAGAUUAUUUAUUCUUUCCACAAAAUCCCAGAAAGUGCCAGGCAGAAAUUCAUCCUGGAUCCCCAAGAUGGAACAAUCACAGUUAAGGAGAUGAUCGAUUAUGAAGAAAAACAAAGUUAUGUGAUGAUAAUACAGGCAAGUGAUGGGGGUGGUUUAGUGACACAUUGUAAAGUGGAGAUUGAGGUUUUAGAUGUGAAUGACAAUCCUCCAGAAGUAGUUCUUACUUCUGUAUCCACUCCAAUUCCUGAAGAUUGCAUGCCUGGAACGGUUGUUGUUUUGCUGAAAGUUCAUGACAAGGAUUCUGGGAACAAUGGGGAAGUCACUGGUCAGCUGAGAGACGUUGUACCUUUCCAGAUACUUCCAUCUUCAGAUAAUUACUUCAAGGUCCUCACAGAUAGCUAUCUUGACAGAGAAAAGAUUCCAGAGUAUAACAUUACAAUCAUAGCCACAGACAAGGGAAUCCCAUCUCUCUCCACAUACAAAACCAUCUCUCUACAGAUCUCAGAUAUCAAUGAUAACCCUCCAGCCUUCGAAAAGUCUUCCUAUACCGCCUAUGUGCCAGAAAACAACCCAUCCGGAUCCUCCAUUUUCAGGGUCAAGGCCUCUGACCCAGAUGUUGAUAGCAAUGCACGAAUCACUUACUCCAUCCUCAAGAGCAACAUUGAGGCCCUGCCUCUCUCCUCCUACCUCUCUAUUAAUUCUGAGACUGGCACUAUUUAUGCACAGCGCUCCUUUGACUAUGAGCAAUUCAGGGAGUUCCAGAUUCAAGUGCAGGCCCAAGAUGGAGGCUCCCCCUCCCUCAAUAGCAGUACCACGGUGAGAGUAUGUAUUCUGGAUCAGAAUGAUAACAUUCCACAAAUCCUCUAUCCUUCCCAAGGGACUGAAAGUUCAUCUUUGUUUGAGAUGGUGCCUUGGUCAGCUGAAUCUGGUUAUCUGGUGACGAAAGUGGUGGCAGUGGAUGCUGACUCUGGACACAAUGCCUGGCUCUCUUUCCACCUGCUGCAGGCCACUGAGCCCUCUCUUUUCACCAUUGGGUCCCACACAGGAGAGAUCAAAACAGCCCGAGCAUUACUGGAGAGGGAAGCUGUGAAGCAGAGGCUGGUCAUUAUGGUGAAGGAUAACGGACAGUCUCCUCUCUCAGCAACCGUGACUCUGAACCUCGUCUUUGCUGAGAACUUCCAGGAGGCGCUUCCAGAAAUGGACACUCAACCCAGUGAUUCAGACUAUCAGUCUGAUCUCCAGUUUUAUUUGGUUCUGGCCUUGGCCUUGGUGUCGUUUCUAUUCCUUGUGACAGUAACACUGACCAUUAUGAUGAAACUUCGACAGUCAAAGAAUCCAACCUUUCUUCAAUGCUUUAUUCCUGAUGCGAAGACUGGUGCCAUUUUUCCUCCCAAUUAUGAGGAUGGAACUUUGCCAUAUUCAUACCAGGUCUGCCUGUCUUCUGAAUCCAGGAGAAAUGAGUUAACUUUCCUGCAGCCCACUGUCCAAAUAGCAGAGAAUAUCCUCUGUAAUGUAAAAUCUGACAUUUCCCUGAUGCUGAAUGGAGAAAACCAUUUAGAAGAUGAUUCAGAGAAUGUGGAGAAGGUAAGCUCUGUGUUUUGA